UUUUUUCUAAUAAAAGAUGCCUUUGCCGUCACUCACUUCCCCACACGCAGAGAAGCUUCAACCAAAAUUAAAAAAAUAAAAAACAAAUAAAUCCCCCAUUUACAACCUACGGCUCAAUACCCCCAGCGCACGUUAGCACCCACACCUAUCUGUCGGCAAUUAUCGCCUUCCGAUCACCACCACCGGCCGACGUCCUAGACGACCUCAUAUAGUAUAUAGCCUGUUUCCCAAUUCAUCCCAUUUCUCAAGUACCCAAUUGGGAAUUUUAGUCUAUGCAUACAGAUAUAUACAUAUAGAGCCAAAUUAUUACAUUACUGUUGUAAUAAGGGUUUUAAAUUAGUUAUUAUUAGGAUGAGGUAAGGAGGAUUUGAAGAUGGUUAGGUUACUGGGAUUAAGGGGUUUCGGUGAAUGGGCUGAGUCUCCUAGGGAGGUGACUCGGACGAUUCCGACGAGCGAAAGCAUCGGGGAGAGCGGGUGGCUUAUGCGAUUCUUUGACUCGGCUUUCUUCUGCGAGUGGAUUGCUGUCAGCUACCUCUACAAGCAUGAUCACCCUGGGGUCCGUGACUACCUGUGCAACCGUAUGUACACUCUCCCUCUAUCUGGUAUCGAAAGCUACUUAUUCCAAAUAUGCUAUAUGUUAAUCCACAAGCCGAGCCCUUCUCUUGAUAAAUUUGUAAUAGAUGUUUGCGCCAAGUCUCUUAAAAUUGCCUUGAAAGUCCACUGGUUUUUAAUGGCGGAGUUGGAGGAUGUGGAUGAUAAUGAAGGGAUUGGUAGAAUUCAGGAGAAGUGUCAGUUUGCUGCCACUUUAAUGGGUGAGUGGCCGCUUUUAAUUAAGCCACAGAUAGAAAGUACUAGUUUUAUGUCAUUUUCAUCAAAUAAUAAUACUUAUAGUGGCAGUGUUAGUCCGACAGGGAAGAAUCAGGUAUUGAACAGGUUGUUAUCAUCGAAGCAGAAGUUGUUGUCAUUGACAUUGUCACCCCCUAGCAACGCGAUGGUGCCAAGGUCCCUGUCGGUUUCGCCUUCAUCAGGGAACUUGACAACCCAGGAUGAUAGUGAGAAGGUUGUAGGGUCGCCAGAGGAGAAUAAUAAGAUUUUUAAAAAAUUCCUACCAGGGAUGAAGGUCCGUGAUGCAUUGUUUAGGAAAUCAGUGGAGAAGGACUUGGAGGAGUCCGACAAGGAAGGUGGAUUCUUCAAGAGACUUUUAAGGGAUACUAGGGACGAGAAUGUUAGAAGGUCAGUAGAUAAGGAUAAAGAGAAUGAUGAGGAACCGGAUAAGGAUGUUGGGUUUCUCAAGAGGUUGUUGAGGGAUAGUAGAGAUGAGGAUACUAGAAACUCAUUGGACAGGGAAAAAGAAGAGGAGGAGCAAGAAAAGAGCAGUGGGUUUUUUAAGAGGUUGUUGAGUAGUAAUCGAGAUGAGGAUGUAAGGAAGUCAAUGGAUAAGUACGAAGAUGAGUCAGAGAAGGAUGGGUUCUUUCGAAGGCUCGUGAGUAGUAAAGAUGAAGAAGAGGAGGUUACCUCCAGCUCAGAUGGGUUUUUUAAGCGGUUGUUCCGUGAUACUAAAAAUGAUUCAGAGGAAAAAGUGUUGUCCAAAUCCAUGGAAGAUGAUGAGAAGGAAGGAUUUUUUAAGAAGUUCUUCAAGGAGAAAUUUGAGGACAAGAAAGAUGGGAUUGAGAGGAAUGACAAUGAAGAGAUAGUGACAAAGAUCUCUGAAGAUGAUGAGAAAGAAGGUUUCUUCAAGAAAUUUUUCAAAGAAAAAUUUGAUGAAAGGAAAGAUGGGAAUGGAAGGAUUGAUGAUGGAGAAGAAGAAGAAUCAUCAGAGUUUUCGUUGUUCCGUAGAUUGUUCCGUGUACAUCCUGAAGAUUCUAAGAGUUCAAUGACAAAUGAUAACAGCAACGGUGGCAAUUUGCUCGAAAGCAGCCCAGGAACGGAGAAUUUUUUUCGAAAGCUGUUUAAGGAUCGUGACCGUUCAGUGGAGGAUUCUGAACUUUAUGGUCUGAAGAAUAGCACAGCGAAAUGUCUUGGCUCACCAAAGCAGCGAAAUGAAAAGUCAAAUGCUAAACCUCCGCUUCCAAAUAAUACCACUUCACAGUUUAGAAAAGGGACAUAUCAUGAAUCUCUUGACUUCGUGCAAAGGUUAUGCGAGAUAUCCUACAACUUGGUUGACGUAUUUCCUAUUGAAGAUCGGAAAAGUGCUCUUCGUGAGUCUCUUGCAGAAAUCAACACGCGUAUACAUGCUGCUCAAAGUAGUGGAGGGGUAUGUUUUCCAAUGGGGAAGGGUAUGUAUCGCGUGGUUCACAUACCUGAAGAUGAGGCUAUUCUUCUGAACUCAAGAGAAAAGGCUCCUUACCUGAUUUGUAUCGAAGUCUUGAAAAGUGAAUCCCCAAGCAAUUCAAAGGAUGUGGCUAAUGCUCAAAAGCUUUCAAAAGGAGGAAUUCCUUUGGCAAAUGGAGAUGCACUGUUGCCAAAGCCUCCACCAUGGGCUUAUCCUCUGUGGACAGGACAUGAUAUGUACCACAGUGGUUAUGAUAGGAUGUCAAGUUCUACUUCUCAGGCGAUAGACCAGGCAAUGACUAAAUUAUGGGAGGCCAAAGUAAAAUUUGUUCAUGUGAAUUUUACUGUGGAGCAGCAAUCAGACCCUGGCCUCGAAUUUUGUAUUUCUCAAUCUUUUUCUUCAAAUGGUGGCCUAGUCAGUGAGGUUGGUUCUUAUGCAUCUGAAACAAAAGAUGGAUGUGAUUUGGAACUGGUGAGAGUUGUCUUGACAGCUGAUCCUGGGGUUAGCAUGGAUGACAUAGUGGACCAAGAUCCUCCACCCAGACGAAAAGAGCACCGCCGCGUUCCAAGUACUGUGGCUAUUGAGGAAGUCAAGGCUGCUGCAUUGAAAGGAGAAGCUCCUCCUGGACUUCCUCUCAAGGGUGCUGGUCAGGACUCUUCAGAUGCACAGCCAAAGGCUGUGAAUGGGGGUGGUCCCAAAGUAGGUGAUGCAUUAGCUGGUGAACUGUGGGAGUUGAAGGAGGAGAGAAUACGCAAAGCCUCAGUAUAUGGAAAAUUACCUGGUUGGGACUUGCGUUCUGUAAUUGUUAAAAGUGGUGAUGAUUGUAGGCAGGAACACCUUGCUGUACAACUUAUUUCUCACUUUUAUGAUAUAUUCCAGGAAGCUGGUCUCCCAUUGUGGUUGCGUCCUUAUGAAGUUUUAGUUACAUCCUCUUAUACGGCACUUAUUGAAACUAUUCCCGAUACGGCGUCACUUCAUUCCAUCAAAAGUAGAUUUCCCGAUAUUUCAAGUUUACGUGACUUUUUUGUUGCCAAGUAUCAAGAAAAUUCUCCGAGUUAUAAACUUGCCCAGAGAAACUUCGUGGAAAGCAUGGCUGGGUACUCUUUAGUUUGCUACCUUUUACAGGUAAAGGAUAGGCACAAUGGAAACCUCUUGUUGGAUGAAGAAGGUCAUAUCAUACACAUUGACUUUGGCUUCAUGCUUUCUAAUUCACCUGGUGGUGUAAAUUUUGAAAGUGCACCAUUUAAAUUAACCCGUGAACUUCUUGAGGUGAUGGACUCUGAUGCCGAGGGAGUUCCAAGCGAGUUUUUUGAUUAUUUUAAGGUGUUAUGCAUUCAAGGUUUCCUCACUUGUCGUAAACACGCAGAACGCAUAAUUCUUCUUGUUGAAAUGUUGCAGGAUUCUGGUUUCCCUUGUUUUAAAGGUGGUACACGAACAAUACAGAACUUGAGGAAACGAUUUCAUCUUUCUUUGACAGAAGAGCAAUGUGUGUCCUUGGUGCUUUCUCUGAUUAGCAGCAGCUUGGAUGCAUGGCGAACGCGGCAAUAUGAUUACUAUCAGAGGGUAUUAAAUGGGAUAUUAUGAGGAUAGAUUGAAUUACUGGUUGACCCUAGAUGACAGUUGACUUGGCAAACCAUUAUAUGAUCCUGAACUCUGGUUGGAAAGAAUUUAAGGAUCUCCUGGAUGUGUGUGGUUUGAUGAUAACAAUUUUGUUGCCAGUUACUGUCGGAUUGAGGAAUCAAUUAUUUGAUCUUGGAAAUGUUAUUAUAGGAGGGUCUACCUGUUGAAAACUCACUUCAGGAGAACUUUUGUUUUACUCAUUUUCUUUCUUUAAGAUAAUCGACUGGCUGGAGUGGUAUUCCCUUAUUUGAGGGAGAUGUCAAUUACUUGAGAAACUAUUUUUGCUGUACAGAGUGAUUUGAAAGUGGAGAUGGAAGCUAUACUAGACGCCUGUUGGGACUUUGAUUUAACAUGUUUUGAGUUUCUGUGGUCAUCGACGUUGCAAAAAAAUUUAUAAUCUCGUAUUCCUGCAGUCUUCAGAAAGAAAAUGCUCGGAUGUACAAGGUGCAGUUUGCUUUUUGCUCCUGGAUGCCCAUAUUCAACUUUUGAGACAUCAAGCUCUGAUUCUUUUUUAGUUGCCUGGGUUUAAUGUUAAAAGAACAUUUGCUUGUAUUGUGUAUAAAAUUACAAUGAGUGGUGUUCAUGUAUACAUCAAUUUGUCCAUGGCAUAAAGUGUGCAAAUUUGAUGGUUUCUAUUAUAUAUUGGGUACUGCACUCUGAUUCCACAUGCCAAAUUUGUUGGAUAUUGUAUAUCAAACAUGCUUCUAAGCCAUUAUAGACUGAGUUUCUCAAGUGA